GAUGGCAGAGAAGACGGCAAGUUUCUUGGACGAUGAUGACUUCACACAUGUCGUCAAGGGCAUCAGAUAUCCACCUGACGUCACCAAGGACAAUCUGGAGGCCAUGGCGAACUUUGGCCUCCGAGAUGACGACAUAGUCAUAGUGGCGUUCCCUAAAGCAGGAACUAACUGGGUGCUUGAGAUCGUGAACAAGAUCCUGUCGGCCUGCGGAAGGACCGACGUCUCUUCUGACGACAUGGUGGGAAAACUGGAGUUCAGCUACCCUCACGAGCCACGCCCUCGUCACGUGAUGUUACAGACCUGUGCCUCUCCCCGCGUCAUCCUGACCCACCUCACCCCACACACCGCCCCGCCCGGCAUCUCACAGCCGAAGGAUAACGUGAAGGUGAUCGUUGUUAUGAGGAACCCUAAGGACACAGUGGUGUCCGACUUCCAUUUCGAGCAGAAGCUCCGAGCUCGUUUUGAACGGAAACCGCUUCCUUCAUGGGACGAGUUCUUCCAGUUAUUCCUGGCCGGCAAGCAUACGUUCGGUUGCUACUUUGACCAUGUCCUGGGCUGGUGGCAGAGGCGUGAUGACCCCCACUUCUUGUUCCUAAAGUACGAAGACAUGAAGAAGGACUUACCGAACGCCGUCAGGUCAGUGGCGACCUUCCUAAAGGUCAAACUGGAUGACGCUUCCAUCGAGGCUAUCGCGCAUGCGUGCACCUUCUCAAACAUGAAAGCGGCCCUGGAUAAGUCACGUUACGACGACAGGACAUUCAACGCUCGCAAAGAGACGACUGCAACUUUCAUGGACGAUGAUGACUUCACACAUGUCGUCAAGGGCAUCAGAUAUCCACCUUAUGUCACCAAGGACAAUCUGGAAGCUAUGGCGAACUUUCGCCUCCGAGCUGACGACAUAGUCAUAGUGGCUUUUCCAAAAGCUGGAACCAACUGGAUGCUUGAGAUCGUGAACAAGAUCCUGUCGGCCUGCGGAAGGACCGACGCCUCGUCUGACGACAUGGUGGGAAAACUGGAGUUCAGCUACCCUCACGAGCCACGCCCUCGUCACGUGAUGUUACAGACCUGUGCCUCUCCCCGCGUCAUCCUGACCCACCUCACCCCGCACACCGCCCCGCCCGGCAUCUCACAGCCGAAGGAUAACGUUAAGGUGCUCGUUGUUAUGAGGAACCCCAAGGACACAGCGGUGUCCUACUUCCAUUUCGAGCAAAAGCGCCGGGCUUAUUUUGAACGGAAACCGAUUCCUUCAUGGGACGAGUUCUUCCAGUUAUUCCUGGCUGGCAAGCAUACGUUCGGUUGCUACUUUGACCAUGUCCUUGGCUGGUGGCAGAGGCGUGAUGACCCCCACUUCUUGUUCUUAAAGUACGAAGACAUGAAGAAGGACUUACCGAACGCCGUCAGGUCAGUGGCGACCUUCCUAAAGGUCAAACUGGAUGACGCUUCCAUCGAGGCUAUCGCGCAUGCGUGCACCUUCUCAAACAUGAAAGCGGCCCUGGAUAAGUCACGUUACGACGACAGGACAUUCAACGCUCGCAAAGGUCUUGUCGGCGACUGGAAGACAAUAUUUACCGACGAACAAAGCAAGUCGCUCGACUUAAAAUGCAAGACAAAACUGGAGGGAGCCGGACUAAUUCUUGACUUUGAAUAGGUCCAUUCUCAGUUAAGAGUACUAGUAACGUUAUAUUAUUUGACAGUCGCGUUACGGUGUAUAUUGACGCUAACCGAACACGGUUACACGUAGUUUUGAAGUGAGAAGAACUCGUGCUAUGAGGCAAAAAAAGACACGGUGAGCGACAACAGUUAGCGACAAGUAUUUUGAUUUAUUUCGAUUUAUUCUCGGAAUUUCUGGUAAUUUCUGAUAAUCCACGGUUGUCGU